CACAAAUUGAGUAAGAGUAUUAGUUUCAUCUGCAAUUCAAAAUGAAAUCUUUCCUUCCUUUCCUCACACUCUUCUCUUUUCUCUUGUUUGUUAAUACUGCUGUAGCGGCAAGAAAAGACCCCGGCGAGUACUGGAGAGCUGUGGCGAAAGAUCAACCCCUGGCAGAAGCGAUAGAAGCUCUUGUUGAAGUUGACACUGCCAAAAAACCUGAUUGUCACACACCUGCAACAAUUGAGAUCCAGGAAGAAAAGAUCCUCGUUAAGGAUUUCGAAACCAAAGACAUCAAAUCAGCAGAAGAGAAAUCCUUUGUUAAGGAUUUCGAGCCAAGGCCUAAUGUCUCAUCUUACCAUGACAACAGUGAUACCAAACCAGGAGACGAGAAAUCCUUUGUUAAGGAUUUUGAGCCAAGGCCAAACGUCUCAUCUUACCAUGAAAACGGUGAAACCAAACCAGCAGAUGAGAAAUCCUUUGUUAAUGAUUUCGAGCCAAGGCCUAACGUCUCAUCUUACCAUGACUAGAGAGAACAGCCUCCAUUCCAUAUGAUUACUGAUUGACAUCUUACAUGCAUGUACCAAUCAGUAUCAUAGUCUAUCCACUAGUAUUAGUUCUAAGUUGAUGGUGUGUGUGCCUAGUAUGUGUGGCUGCGUGCAUAACCCCUGCAAUUUACAUCUACUUUUGUGAUUAUGAAAACUAAGUAGGGGUCGUUGAUGAUUGAAUAAGAUCCUGUCUCCAUC